AUGUCCCCACCCCGGUCAUACAUCAACGCCUCCAUCGUCCAGCUCUUCUACACAGCAAACACCUACCACGACCUCCUCUACACACUAGGCUUCACCGAAUCCGCCGGCAACUUCCAAUGGAACAACAGCGCCCGCGGCGGCCGCGACAAAGACUACGUGAUCCUCAACGCACAAGACGGCUCCGGAUACAGCAACGCAAACUUUGCUACUCCACCCGACGGUAUCCCCGGUCGUAUGCGCAUGUACAUCUGGAUUGAAUCCACUCCGUCGCGUGAUGGAAGUUUUGACGCGGGCAUCGUAAUUCACGAAUACACUCACGGUGUAUCGAACCGCCUCACCGGCGGCUCUCACAACGCCGGAUGUCUCAACACCCUCGAAUCGGGCGGUAUGGGCGAAGGCUGGGGCGACUUUAUGGCCACGGCCAUUCGAAUCAAACCCAACGACACGCGCAGGACGUCCUACACUAUGGGCGCCUGGGCGGAUAACGAUAAACGCGGUGUCCGCGACUAUCCCUAUUCUACUUCAUUUGCUGAAAACCCUCUGAACUACACGAGCGUGAAUACCAUGAACGGCGUGCACGCUAUCGGAACCGUCUGGGCGACCAUGCUGUACGAGGUGAUGUGGAAUCUCAUCGACAAGUACGGGAAGAAUGAUGGACCGAGACCGGUGUUCAGAGAUGGAGUGCCGACAGAUGGGAAGUACUUGAUGAUGAAGUUGGUGGUGGAUGGGAUGGCGCUACAACCAUGUAAUCCGAACUUCGUGCAAGCUAGAGAUGCCAUCCUUGAUGCAGAUAUUGUGUUGACUGGGGGCAAGAAUCGAUGUGAGAUAUGGAGGGGCUUCGCGAAGAGAGAAUUGGGACAGGGAGCGGGCUACAGUGGGUUUAAUCGGAUGCGGAGGGGGAGUACACUUCUUCCUAGGGGAUGUUAA